AUGAAUAGUGUGCUGUUUUUUCUUCUCUUUGUGCUGAGCGUUGCUUGUGUGGGUGCUGUGGAGAAUUUGGAGCAGCCUUCUGGAGAUCUUGUUCAUGGACAGUCCACUACUAUUGACAAGAGUCUUGGUGAAGGUCUUGGUGGUGCAGGGACAAGGGGAGGAUUGGAAGAAAGAGAACAACUUGGUGCUGAUCGUGUCAGAAGUGGCCUUAAGGGAAGUGAUUCUGAAGGGGAAGAAGCUCCACCUUCUAGUCCCCCACUUGAUUCUGAUGGUGAUGUUUGUCGUAAUACAGGCAAGGGUGGUUCCAAGUGUGAAAACAACCGUGAAGUAUCUGAAGAUUCUCGUCCUGACUGUGCGGACCCUCCUGGCAAGGAGCACUGCACUAAAAAGGAUGGUGAAAGUGAGGCCAACUGUCUGGAAGCUUCUGAAAAAUCUUGUCCACAAACAGCACCAAAAGAUCCAAAGGAACCAGCUCCCACUUCAACAAAGGAACCAGCUCCCACUACACUAAAAGAACCGGAUACACUUGGUGGACAGUCUGCUUCUGGUGUUGCUGCGACUGGUAAUGUUGUUGGUGGUGGUUCUUCUUCUGGUAUUCCUGGGGCACCUGCCCUCACCGCUGCUUCUUCUUCUUCUGCUGAGGAGAGUGCUGUUCCGGCUCAAGGCGACAGUCAACCUGGAGGCAGCGGCAGCAGUGCAGCAGGUGAAGGUGCAUCAGAUAAUGCGAAUGCUGAGGCAACACGACCUUCUUCCACCACCACUUCUGAGAAAGAUAAUGCCAGUAGUUCUGAUACUGCAAACAAUGGGAGUGGCUCAACAAGUAACCAAGAAGGUCUGGAAAAUACAGACACCUCAACCACCACCACCACCACCACUACCACCACAACAACAACAACACUUCCUCCUGAACUCACAAACAACAAGAAGGGUGAUGCAGACAGCAGCAGCAGUAUCAGGAGUUCUGUUUGGGUGCGUGUACCACUACUGAUUGUGAUUACACUGGCCUGUAUUCUUGUGUGCUGA